CGACGUGCCCCGGAACUACUUUUUGGUGUUAAUGACGAGACGUUAGCAUUUUCCAUUCGUACAGUCCGGACGCUAACAGCAAUGUGUAUUUUUUUAUUAGCUUAGCUAAUUAUCAAUUUAACAGAAGUAACCCAGUUGUAGCAGUGAAUUGUCAUAUAGCGUCGAAUAGUGAAUAUUAGCUACAUCUACCCGGUCUUUGAGAGGAUAACCUUCCUGUCAUGUUUGGGAGAGAGGCGGAGGUCAGGCGCGCGGGCUGUCAACAAUGUCCAGCUGAAAAAACGCUACUGGGUCUCCAACUUUCUCGUUAAGACCAAGCUGAAUCAUGCCGGGGAAGCUGAAAGCUAAGAUUGUGGCAGGGCGCCACUUACCUGUCAUGGACAGAGCCAGCGACCUCACUGAUGCCUUUGUAGAGGUCAAGUUUGGCAACACAACUUUCAAAACGGACGUCUUCCCCAAGUCACUUAACCCACAGUGGAACUCGGAGUGGUUCAAAUUUGAGGUGGAUGAUGAGGACUUGCAGGAUGAGCCGUUACAAAUCACAGUGCUGGACCAUGACACUUACAGUGCCAACGAUGCAAUAGGGAAGGUCUACAUUGACAUCGACCCUCUGCUCUCCUGCGAGGCUGCUACUGUCAUUUCUGGAUGGUUACCCAUCUACGACACGAUACACGGUAUCAGAGGGGAGAUUAAUGUUCUGGUGAAGGUGGACCUCUUCAAUGACCUGAACCGCUUCAGACAGUCCUCUUGUGGUGUCAAAUUCUUCUGCACAACGUCCAUCCCAAGGUGUUACCGCGUGGCGCUGGUCCAUGGCUUUGUUGAGGAGCUGGUGGUGAACGAGGACCCAGAGUACCAGUGGAUUGACCGCAUCAGAACCCCCAGAGCUUCAAACGAGGCCCGACAGCGACUCAUCUCUCUCAUGUCUGGUGAGCUGCAGAGGAAGAUAGGUCUGAAAGUGUUGGAGAUGGGUGGUAAUGCGGUGGUGGGGUACCUGCAGUGCUUUGAUCUGGAGGGAGAGUCAGGUCUGGUGGUCCGAGCCAUCGGCACCGCCUGCACUCUGGACAAACUCAGCCCUGGGACGGCUCCCAACACUACCACACACACCAACACACACACACUCCCCAACACCGCCCCCACAUCCAAUGCCUGCAACUCUCCUUCCAAGGACAGCAAAGAGCCCGUGUUCAGUGAGGACCCCCCAUUCCCUCUCCGGCCCCCCACGCCUCUCAGAACCCUUCCUUCCUCCUCUCCUCCUCCCUUCUCUCCAUCCAAGCCAUGCAGUCGCCAGUCCUCCUCCUCAGACACAGACCUCAGUCUGACGCCCAGGAUUGAGAGGUUUGUGUCUAGUCCUGGGGUCUUCCUCUGUCCCAGUUCCCCCACCCUCUCCUUCGAUUCCCCGUCCCUUCCUUCCUCUGGGCUAAUCCUGUGCAGCAUUGGGUCUGCCCUCAGAGCCUACACCCCACCCCCUCUCCCCUCUGUCCAAUCAGAGGGGUCUGUGUUGAGAAAGACUGUAUCAUUCAGUGAAGAGCUGAUGCUGGCGGCCUCCGGGAUGGGGAGUGGGGGCAGCGUUGGAAAAGAGGCUGGGCCUCUGAAGACCCUCCUCAGACAACAUACCCAAUCAGCUCUGGAGCAGAGGGAGUUCCCCAUCUUCACGUUGACCUGUUUCCCCCCUGGCUUCUUGGUUCACGUCGGGGGCGUGGUCAGCACCCGCUCGGUCAAGCUGCUUGACCGCAUACACAACCCCGACGAGCCGGAGACGAGGGACGCGUGGUGGGAGGAGAUUCGUCAGGAGAUCAAGUCUCAUGCAAAAGCCCUGGGUUGCCACGCUGUGGUGGGAUACAGCGAAAGCACCAGCAUCUGUGAGGAGGUGUGUAUCCUGUCUGCAUCUGGCACAGCGGCCAUGUUGAAUCCCAGAUUCAUGCGUGAGGGCUGUCUGGACACCGGCGGCAGCGACCACAGGUUAUCACGACAACCACACCCCGGCAUGGUGGGGUCGGAGAGGGGCGAGGGGGAAGUUAGCUCAACCUGGCUGGGGUUUGAGGAUGCGUCGCCCCCUAGCUGCGGGUUUGUUCACAUCCCGUAUGAUGAGUUCAACAUGCCGUUCCCAGCUCAGCUUACAUACUGCUACCACUGUAGGAGACAGAAGGUCCCUGAUGUGCUCUUUACUACCAUAGACCUACCUGCUGAAGCUGAGGUUACUGGGAAGGGCUGCCUCAUACAGGCCAGGUUGUGUCGAACGAAGAAGAAGGCCCAAGGGGAGGUGAAUGCUACAUCCAUCUCUAACCUCCUCCCCUUCAUGGAGUAUGAGCUCCACACACAGCUGAUGAACAAACUCAAACUGCGCUCCAUGAAUGCUCUGUUUGGACUCCGCAUUCAGAUCAGUGUGGGAGAAAACAUGCUCCUGGGACUAGCUUCUGCAACGGGUGUGUACCUGUCAGCGCUGCCAGCUCCAAGUGGUAUCCAGAUAGCUGGAAAGAACCCCAGUGACCUGAGCUACGACCAACACAUCUCCACCAUGCAGAAACGCAUCGAUGACACCAUCGCCAAGAACAAGGAGCUCUACAACAUACACCCCCCGGAGUGUAUGGAGGAGGUGGUGGGGUCUCCUAUCCCUGACAGACAGCGGUCCAGCAGACUGUUCAGGUCUACCUCUGAGAGUUCAGAUGAGCUGUCCGAACUAGACCUGUCCCAUGGCAAGAAGGAUGCCUUUGUACUGGAGAUUGAUGACACUGAUGCAGUAGAGGACAUCCAAUCCCUACUUACUGAUGCCCCCAUACCUGCAGGGUUCUACAGCUGUAACACGGAGGUCAUGCCUGGGAUUCACAACUGGACUUCAGGACUACAGAUGUUUACAUCUGUCCGGGUCUACAGACUCAGUAAUGCCAAUCUGACCAACCAGGGCCUGAACAAGAUCUUUACUGACCUCUGUGAGAACUUGCUCAAAAGUCUAUACUUUAAGCUGCGUUCCAUGAUCCCAUGCUGUCUUUGCCAUCUCAACUUCACUGUAGCCGUACCAGAAGAAGAACUCAUACAGGUGGCGGUGACAGCCGUAGCCAUGAGUUUUGAUAAGGAGACUCAGCAGGCAGCAGACAAGGCUCUCACCAGGGGGAGUGGUGAGAAUGAGGAACAGCUCCAGUUUUCUAUGGAGCUGUGUGGAGAGUCAACCAUCUCCAACAACCAGCCUACAGCCAAACCUUCAGGUGUUCCUGAGAGUGCCAUGGUCCACUCGUCUCGAGCUCCCUCGGUUGAUUACGGUUCCUUUGCAGACAGAUGCAGCACCUGGCUAGAGCUGCUUAGGCUGAAAGCUCACACCAUAAGACGAGGAUCAGUUAAGACAAGUAGGAGGACACAGUUGCUAGCACACUCUGUCUCGUCUUCAGAGCGCUGCAGUCCUCUCCCAGAGGGGCGGUCCCGGUCGCUACGCUCCACCAGGUCGUUGCCGUGCAGUGCCCCUGUUACUGUGGUGAAGAUGACUCCUCUGUCCUUCCUUCCCGGGACGCGCAUUGUGAAAUACUUGGGAAUCAUCAACAUGUUCUUCAUUAGGGAGACCACGUCACUACGAGAGGAGGGGGGUGUAAGUGGCUUCCUCCAUUCCUUCAUAGCGGAGGUGUUUGCCAUGGUCCGUGCCCAUGUAGCAGCUCUGGGGGGAAAUGCCUUAGUGUCAUACAGCAUGAAGGAGUGUGUCUUCAUGGAAAACCCCAACAAGAACCAGGCUCAGUGUCUGAUUAAUGUUAGUGGUGAUGCUGUUAUCUUCAUCAGAGAAUCAGACCAAGAGGCCAUACCCCCUCUGUUGACCAGCAGACAGACCAGCAGCACUGGGGCUGAUGGGACCACUUGACACACAAUUGAGUCUAGCCAUCCAAAUAAUCGUGAUUUGUGUCUGCCUUAAACAGAUGGAACGUCUUAAGGUUAGGUAGGACCCCACAAAUUACAUAUGCAAACAAACAUGCAGUUGACAAGUUGGAGAAAUUGUCUCUCAUUGUCCAUUGAGAUACUCUACAGAAGCCAUUUAGAGAGGCAGUCUGUCAUUUCUCUCUCUGUUGUUGAUAUAAUAGACAUUCCAAAACAUGGUGAAGCUUUAUGCAGCUAAUAGACCUAUCCCUCUCCAUCCAGUCUCAUCAGUCACUAGCCGGCCAUGCUAGAGCGGACAAGGUAUUCAUUAAUAGACAGCUCCGUACAGGGUUAUAGAUGGCCAUGGUAGAGAGAACUAAAUUGUAGAAAUAAGUGUUUUAAUUGUCUGUCAGGCGAUAUUUGGGCUAACACACACGCCCUGUGGACAGCCUCCUGCCAUCUUCCUGGCUCCAUACUACUGAACUCUCCUGUCUUUAACGAUCAUGUAAAUGCUGGAAAACAAACUAAUUGCAAUGACACAUUUUUGUUAAUUGUUUAGAUGCCACUUUUGUUUGUGUAAAUGUGCGCUACAAUCAGAUUUGUGUAUUUUUAUAAUGUAAAAUUAUAUUUGUCAAGUCUAAUGAAAUUCUGGAAGUUUGAUUUAUAUGGUGUAAGAGAAGUAAGGGUACAGUGAUCUGUUCUACUGUUAAUGAAUAUAACCUGUCUCUCUUUCGCUGUAGGACUUGAAUGUACGUACAUACAUACAUAGACUGUGUUGCUUAGUGUCUGCAUGUAUCUGUUAUUGCCAUGACUGUCUGUCUGCUCGUUGCCUGAUGAUCCGGCCUGCACAAUAAACUAAGCUAGUCCUGUUGACUAGUCACUUUAUUCCUA